UUUUCUCUCUGAUCAGACUUCGUCCUCUCCAAGCUUAACUAACUGCAUAUCCUCUCCGAGCAUCUGAAAAACCCUAGGCUUGCUUUGUUUCGUCGUCAUGCCGGGAUUCUCAGAGGCCCUAGCGGUCCAGAUUCGGUACCUGUUGCAGAGCUUGAACGGAUUAAAUUCCGACGCCGUCUUUGACGAUCUCUGCGAGUACGUGGGGUAUGGAACAGAGGGAAGCAUACUGGUCCUUCAGACCUGCCUGGAUUACUUAAAUAUCUACGAUGAAGGCUUGAAAAAUGAACCAUUUGAUCCAGUGUUUUCUUCAAUCUUCAAACAUAUCUUAGACAAGCCAAAUUUCAGUACAAUAUUGUGUCAAUCGCUAAGGGAUAAGGUGAUCAAUGGAGAUUUUCUUGAGAAUCUAUCAAAGGCACUAGGCUUGUCAACAUCAGAGAAAAUUGGAGUUGGUCUUGCCUUGUCAGAUUUGGGAAAUGCAGAUCUUGGAGUAUGUGGAAAGAAAUUCUGCGUACAACAGAUUGGGGAGUUAUGCGCAGAUAAUCUGUCUAUUGGUUCAGCUGAACAAAUGCAGAGCAUCUUUAUGUUCCUUCAACAAUCUGAAAGCCUUUCCAAGCACUUAGACUCGUUUAUCCAGAUGCUAUCUUUGGUGCCGUUGAAGGGAGAUGAACAAUUUAUUUUGGCCCCGUUGAUGUCACAUGGAUUUCCCAGUGGAAGGUUCACAAGGCAUCAGAACUUGGACUUGUUUGAUGAAGAUCAUGAAGCUAAUUUUGACGCUCUCCUUGCUGAAAUGGAGAAGGAGAUGAGCAUGGCUGAUAUCAUAAAGGAAUUGGGCUAUGGAUGCACAGUUAGUAUGUCACAAUGCAAGGAGUUGUUGUCUUUGUUCCUACCUUUGACUGAAGUUGUUGUUGCCAGAAUACUUGGCACAAUCAUUUGCACAAAUACUGGACUUGAUGACCACCAUAAUACAUUUUCAACAUUUUAUUGUGCUCUUGGUGGUACAGCUUCUUCUGAUCAGCCUGUGAUGAACUCAUGGAAUAUUGAUGUUUUGAUUGAUUCAAUCAAGCAACUUGCUCCUAGCAUUAGUUGGUCAGCAGUUAUUGAAAACCUUGAUCACGAGGGAUUCUACAUUCCUAAUGAGGCAGCAUUUUCCUUUUUCAUGUCAGUUUAUAGGCGAGCAUGUCAGGACCCGUUUCCACUGCAUGCCAUUUGUGGAUCUCUUUGGAGAAAUACCGAGGGACAACUAUCUUUCCUCAAGUAUGCAGUGGUUGCUCCACAUGACAUAUUUACUUUUGCGCAUUGUGAGAGUCAAUUGGCAUAUGCAGAUUUUGUGCAGGUUCAUAAACUUCAUACAGGACUUACAAGUAAUGCUUGGAUAUGCCUUGAUCUGUUGCAAAUUUUAUGCCAACUAGCUGAAGCCGGUCAUGUGGAUGCUGUUCGGUCAAUGCUUAAGCUUCCUCUUGAACAAUGUCCUGAAGUUGUACUUCUUGGCAUGUCACACAUAAAUACGACUUACAAUCUUAUUCAGCGUGAGCUGUCAUCUACAGCAUUUCCGGUGAUACUUAACCAUAGUGCAGGGGCUGACAUGGUUCUCCAUCUGUGGAACAAAAAUCCUGCUAUUUUGUUGCGAGGAUUUGUGGAUGCUCAUAGCAUUAAUCCAGAAAACAUAAGUAGAAUUUUUGACAUUUGCCAGGAGCUAAAGAUACUAUCACCUGUGCUAGAUAUGGUUCCAUCCUCUUUUGGUAUCCGAUUGGCUGCUCUUGCUUCUCAUAAGGAUCUUGUAGAUAUGGAAAAGUGGCUGAGAUCUAAUUUAACUACAUAUACAAAUUCUUUCUAUGAGGAGUGCAACAGAUUCGCAAAGGAUCAGUUGGGCUCAUCUCAGGAUGCCUCUGCUGGAACACCUCAUCUGUCUGUUUCUCUUUGUAACCUUUACGCAGGGACAGCGCCUACUGUUUAUAAGGUUCUUCAAGAGCACACGGGGUUGAUUGUCACUGACAAGCUAACUGAGGAAAUGGAAAAGCAGCUUACGUCUUAUACACAUGCUAGCUCACACAUGAAGAGUUCUGCACCAUCAGAUCUCUCUACCUCAGAUGGACCUGUUGAUGACAUUGAGGCAGAAGUAAACUCUUAUUUCCAACAAAUGUUCUCGGGCCAAAUGACCAUUGAUGCGAUGAUACAGAUGAUGAUACAAUUCAACGAGUCUCAUGAUGAAAGGGAGAAAUCGAUUUUUGGCUGCAUUAUUCGCAAUCUAUUUGAAGAAUACAAAUUUUUCCCAAAAUACCCUGAGACGCAACUCAAAAUUGCCGCAGCCUUCUAUGGCUCUCUCAUCAAGCAUCAGCUAUUAGCUCAUCUGCCACUUGGCGUAGCGCUCCGUGCUGUUUUGGAUGCAUUACGUAAACCUGCAGAUUCAACAAUGUUUGUUUUUGGAACAAAAGCUUUGGAACAAUUUGUAGAUUGUGUAAUUGAGUGGCCUCAGUAUUGCAAUCAUAUUUUGCAAAUUUCUCAUCUGCGUGCUACUCAUUCUGAGCUUGUUGCAUUGGUUGAACGAGCACUUGCUAGGUUUUCUAUAGCCAAAGCAGACUUAGGAAGGUUGAAUGCCUCUGAACAACAUGGCUCUUCUCAUUCAAUUGCAACCAAUGCAGAGAUGUCAAGUUCAUCUCACAGAUCAGUUGGAUCUGCUAGCACACAACCUGGUUUGCAAAUUUCUUCUACACUGCAGCUUCAACAAAGAGAUCAAAUCCCUCUGGAUGAGAGUCAAAAGCUUUCCUUGCCUUCAUCAAAUCAUAUGGCACUUGUACCUCCUAUGGUCCAACCUUCACCUGUGCCCUCGACUGAUGCUAGUGCUCAUAACAAUGCUGCUACUGCCGCCACUGUAGUGCCGCCUUCUUCAUCAGUCGGAUUUAUACGUCCCUCUCGAGCAAUUGCCUCAACAAGAUUUGGAUCUGCCUUGAACAUUGAAACACUUGUUGCCGCCGCAGAGAGAAGGGGAACUCCUUUAGAGGCUCCAGCACCAGAAAUUCAGGAUAAGAUUUCGUUUAUCAUCAACAACUUGUCUGCUGCAAAUAUUGAAUCAAAAGCGAAGGAGUUUACUGAAAUUUUGAUAGAUCAAUAUCAUCCUUGGCUUGCCCAGUACAUGGUUAUGAAGAGAGCAAGUAUUGAGCCGAAUUUUCAUGACUUAUACUUGAAGUUCCUGGGUAUAGUGGGUUCAAGGUCUUUACACCAAGAGAUUUUACAGGCUACAUAUGAAAACUGCAAGGUUCUACUGGGCUCAGAACUUAUAAAAUCCAGUUCGGAAGAGCGGUCCUUGUUGAAGAAUCUUGGAAGCUGGCUUGGGAAAAUGACUGUCGGAAGCAAUAAGUACCUCAGUAAACGUGAAAUUGAUCCAAAGUCUUUGAUCAUAGAGGCAUAUGAGAAAGGUUUGAUGAUUGCAGUUAUACCAUUCACCUCUAAGAUUUUAGAAUCAUGUAAAAACAGUAUAGCCUAUAAGCCUCCCAAUCGUUGGCCUAUGAUUAUUCUUGAGUUACUUACUGAGAUUUAUGUUAUGCCUAAUCUGAAAUUGAAUCUGAAGUUUGAUAUUGAGGUGUUGUUCAAGAAUCUUGGUGUGAAUAUGGAGGAGGUAAAUCCAACCUCUCUUCUCAAGGAUAUAGUUAGGAAAACUGAAGGAAAUCCAGACUUCUCCAUCACAAAUGCUGGUGCCUCUAGUGAAAUCAAAUCUAGUAUAGCCUCUUCCUUGAAUCAAGUUGAGCUGCCUCUUGAGGUAAAACCAGCUCUCCCUGGUGGGCACUCAAACAUGCAAUCUCAGUUUACUGCUCCUCUCCCUCAUCUAACUGCCGGUGCACCGAGGGAGGAUGAAAAGAUGGUAGCAUUAAAUGUGUCUGAUCAGCUGUCAUCUGUCCAUGGACAAUUAUUACAACAGCAGUCAACGGUUCCAGAAAACCAGCUUUCUGCGCCAGCAUCUAUCAUUGAGCAGCGGGUCAUCGUCAAUCCAAUGUUUCGUGCUCAUGGACUUUAUUUGCAUUUCAAGAGUGCGAUUGCAAGUGCUUUGGAUCAAGCUAUAAUGGAAAUAAUAUCUAGGAUUGUGCACCAAAGUGUCUCCAUAGCCAUUCAGACAACCAAAGAACUUGUUCUUAAGGAUUAUGCUAAGGAGCAUGAUGAAAGUCUAAUGCGUAAUGCAGCUCAUCUGAUGGUUUCAAGCCUGGCUGGAAGUUUAGCUCAUGUGACCUGCAAGGAACCUCUACUGAGUUCAAUUCCAAGUCAUCUGAGGAAUAUCCUGCAGGGUAUAAGCAUUGGAAAUGAACUUCUUGAGCAAGCUGUACAACUUUUUACUAAUGAUAAUCUUGACCUGGGAUGUUUGCUGAUUGAACAAGCAGCUACAGAGAAGGCAGUACAAGCCAUUGAUGGGGAAAUAGAUCAACAGCUUGCUAUUAUAAGGAAGCAUAAAGAUGGUGUUAUUCCUCCAUUUUAUGAUUCUGGUAUUUACAAGUCCCUCCAUCCUCCUAAACCUGAUCGGUUGUCCAAUUCUCAACAAAGGAUUUAUGAGGACUUUAUGAAGCUGCCAUGGAAGAAUCAAUCAACCAAUUACUACAAUAUUCUACCAGUUGGCUCUUCACAACCAGAUAGUUCAGUAUCAGGACAACAAAAUAAAGAAGUUUAUUCAUCUGACUUGAUAAACUCUGGUAUUAGUUCACUAACACAGCCUCUAGAUCUUACCUCUGAGGAGAUGGAAUCCAGUGCAGCUCAGCUCCAUAGCAGCAUGGAUGGAGGAGUUAAUGGUGAAUCGCAUGCUGUGGAGACUUCCAACAUUGUGAAAGAAUCUGGAUCUUCUUUACAGACGUUGUUUUCAGCCACUAUAUCUGAUUUAGUUGGAAGCAGCUCGUCGGAGCCACUAUUGACUACCGGGGAUGCAUUGAAGAAGUACCAGAUUAUCUCAGAGAAGCUUGAAGAUAUGGUGGCUAAUGAAGCUAAAGAAUCAGAAAUUCAGGGUUUAAUUGGCGAGGUUUCUGGAGUUAUUCUCAGAUGUGUAAGCAGAGAUGAAGCUGCAUUGGCUGUGGCACAUAAGGUUUUCAAAGGUCUAUAUGAAAAUGCUUAUGACAGUACCCAUGUUUCUGUUCAUCUUGCCAUUCUCGCUGCCAUUCGUGAUGUCAGCAAACUGGUGGUUAAGGAGCUCACUAACUGGGUGAUAUACUCUGAUGACGAUAGGAAUUUGAACAAAGACAUAACUGUUGGACUUAUUCACCACGAACUACUUAAUCUUGCUGAGUAUAAUAUUCAUAUGGCUAAGCUGCUUGAUGCUGGAAGAAAUAAAGCUGCAACCCAAUUUGCAAUCUCCCUUAUCCGGUCAUUGAUGCCUAAUGAUCCUAGAGUUAUUUCAGAACUUCCUAACCUUGUUGAUGUUUUGAGAAAGAUUACAACCAGACCUGAAUCCCCUGAGUCUCUACAGCAGGCUGCAGUGCUUAAUGCAGCAGCACACAGUGAAGAUAACAGUAUAACCGAGUCGGCUGAACCAGACUCUGCUGGCUUUUGUAAUCAGGUUUCAAUGUUAUUUACUGAGUGGUACAACAUAUGUGAACUUCCUGCUGUAAAUGAUGCUACAUGUAAAAAAUAUGUUUCACGACUACAUCGAAUGGGACUUCUUAAGGGAGAUGAUGUGUCUCAGCGAUUUUUCUGCUGCCUCACUGAAAUUUCAGUAUCACAUUGUUUAGCUUCUGAAACAAUGAGCUCUGCCACUCUGCAAUCCCCACAACUUCAACCUCUUUCUUUCCUUGCUAUUGAUAUAUAUUCAAGACUGGUCGUCACUAUUAUAAAGCUUUUACCAGCGGACCAAGGAUCAAAUAAAUUAUAUCUUCUGAUAAAGAUUCUGGAAUUGACAGUGAGGCUCAUUCAGAAGGAUGACAAGGAGAAGAAAACCUCUUUUAAUCCUAGACCAUAUUUCAGGUUGUUUAUCAACUGGCUGCUAGAUUUGGGUUCAAUGGAACCUCUAAUUGAUGGUGCAAAUCCUCAGGUAUUGUCAGCUCUAGCAAGCACUUUCCAUGCAAUCCAGCCCAUUAAAGUCCCAGGGUUCAGUUAUGCAUGGCUUGAGCUUAUCAGUCACAGAAGUUUUAUGCCAAAGUUACUGUCGGGAAAUGGCCAUAAGGGCUGGCCUUACAUGCAUCGCUUAGUGCUUGAUUUGUUUCAGUUCCUGGAGCCUUUUAUAAGGAUUCCUUGUGCAGAUAUUGGAGAGCCGGUUCGUUUACUGUAUAAAGGAAGUUUGAGGGUAUUGCUGGUACUCCUCCACGAUUUUCCAGAUUUCCUCUGUGAAUUCCACUUCGGCUUCUGUGAUGUAAUUCCUUCAGGCUGUAUUCAAUUGAGAAACAUAGUCCUAAGUGCAUUUCCCCGCUCUAUGAGGGUACCUGAUCCUUGUUCUCCAAAUUUGAAGUUCGAUCUGCUGCUGGAGACUAAUCAACCUCCCAGGAUUCUUUCAGAGGUUGACUUUGUUCUUAAAUCGAAACAAUUGAAGUCAGAAGUAGACGAUUAUUUGAGGACGAGGCAGCAAAGGUCGUCGUUAUUAGUUAAACUGCAUCAGAAACUAGUACUCUCUCCAUGUGAAGCUGUUUCAGCAGGAACCUGGUACAAUGUACCACUUAUGAAUUCCCUUGUUCUUUACAUUGGAAUGCAGGCUGUACAACAGUUGGAAGCAAAGUCACAAUCACAGUCAAAUCCUAUUUGUACCUCACUUUCAGUGUUAUUAGUUGCCCCUGCUUUGGAUAUAUUCCAUAUGCUGAUUAAUGAUCUCGAUACCGAAGGCCGAUAUCUAGUUCUCAAUGUGAUGGCUAAUCAACUACGCUACCCGAACCACCACACUCAUUACUUUUCUUCCGUUCUUCUCUACUUAUUCUACGAAACAAACGAGGAGGUGGUUGUACAGGAGCAAAUCACGCGAGUGAUAUUUGAACGCAUGAUUUCUGAUAAGCCACAUCCAUGGGGGCUUGUGAUAACAUUCAUGGAGCUUGUCAAGAAUCCUAGAUACAAGUUUUGGAGCAAAGGUUUUAUAAGGUGCGAUCCUGACAUUGAGUAUCUUAUUGAAAGUGUCUGUAGUUCAUAUGGCUGUCCUAGGCCGACACAGGAGGAUUAGUUUAGUUUAGUUUAGUUUAGUUUAGUAUAACGAAGAUAACUAUUAUUGAUUUCCAAUCUACAACUUUUUUAAAUAAAAAAACUGAAAACUAAAUAAUCUAUCAGCUUUCAAGAGAAUGAAUGACAUGAUAAUACAUGUUUUGAAUUGUAAGCAUGUAAUAAAUGAAUGUUGUUAGAAUUCUGCUUUAAACUG